UGUGAACACCAUACAGUAAGACUGUAAAUUAAGUGCAAAUAAUGGAAUCAGAGGUCUAUUAUGUCAAUUUUAAAAAAGGAGAUAUUAACAACUCGACCGGACCUCAAACACAGAGUCAAGGCCAGGAUGAUGGAAAAUCUCAAAAGAGCAUGCGUUUUGGUCGUUUUUGCAACCCACAAGGAAGUAGAUCUUUGGUGUUGAUUACAGUGGGUCUCGGGCUCAUUUGCGUUCUUCUGCUGGUCUUCGUCAUACUGCAGCACAUCACCAUCACAGCAGAGAGAGACCGGAUAAAGAGCUACAAGAACACAGUUAAAGAGUUCAAUCAAACUAUCAGUGGCUUACAGGACAAUUACACUGAUCUAAAGACAGAGAAAGACCAAUUGCAGAAUAACUUCAGGUCUUUGAGUCAGCAGAUCCUAGAGUUAGAAAGCCAAGUCAGGUCUCUGAAAGAUGAACUAAACAUGGACGCUUCUGAACGAGUUUGUUUGUUCAUAUCCAAUGAGUUGAACUGGGCUGACAGCAGGCAGUACUGCAGGGAUCAUGGUGGUGAUCUGGUUAUUAUCAACACUGAAGAGAAGCAGAGGUUCAUUUUUUCAUUAGUCGAGGAGAGAGUAUGGAUUGGUUUGUCUGACAGAGAGCAGGAGGGCAACAUGAAAUGGGUGGAUAAUUCACCAUUGAAUGAAGGGUUUUGGCUUGGAGGGGAGCCAAAUAACCAAGACGGAAAUGAGGACUGUGUUGAACUGAUCCCUUCACAUCCCGUCCUGAACAGCUGGAAUGAUCUGCCAUGUUCCAAGAUGAAAAAAGGAAUUUGUGAGAAAUAGGGUUCAUCCUGUCUUGUUGUGGUCUUGCUUUUAUUUUAUGGAAUCAUACUUAUUUUGACUGCAUUAUUUAUGAUUGAGGUUCCUGCCUUUCAAAGCAGUCCGCUAUUUUUAUUUUAUAUUAACCUCUUUUAUAAUAUCUUUUUCAUUUUAUAGUUUUCUGUCAUAUACGAAAUCAGUAGUGGAUAUUCAUAAGAAAGAAAAAUGCUACAUUUUGACUAUUUUCUUAUCGCUAUAAUAAACACACAUCGUGUUUCUGACAGGCAAAUUAGUGUAAUGUGAACAGUUGCUAGUGUGGUACGCCAAACCUCUGAUGUGUUAAUGUUUUACUCCAUUACAAGCAGCUCUAGAUUUUAGCUGUCAUCAUGUCUCAUUCGUCAGUCUGAGGUGUCAAGGAAACACAGUAUAUACUAUAAAACUCAAGUGUAAUAAUUAAUCUUAUGACGAUAUUGAGUGUUUUUGCAACUUUUUUUUAUAUCUGUUUAAAUAAAAUAGUUGAUAUUAUUGCCAUAGUAAACCCACAGUACUUUUGCUUGAUGUGUGACUAUGAAGAGAGUUUUUUCAGUCUAGCACAGUGGUUUUCAAACCAGUCCUGUGAGCACCCCCAACAAUUCACAUUUUGUAGGUCUCUCAUAUCUGACACAGAAAACCUGCAGUGCUGGGGGUGCUCACAGGACCGGUUUGAAAACCACUGGUCUAGCAGGACACAACAGAGAAGAAGUUUUUUUUUUUCUCGGACUGAACUGAUCAGAGAAGAAAACACGGUGGCUUUAGGAAAACAGAGAAUGGUGGGCAAUAUGCAUUCAAAGUGAUAAAUACAGAAGGAAUAUGUCAAAAUCAUUUGCAUGUGCCUCCUGCUGCCAGCUGGUGGCGCUAUAAAUAUAAAUGAAUAUUGGCAUGUAUAUGUCUUCAGGCCAGGACUCUUACCAAACAUCUGAAGUUUGGGACAGACUGGACAUUGUAUGGCUGAGUUACAAUACCUUUUUCCAUGGCAAACUUUCUCAGGCCACCACAGACAUGCCCUUUAACAAAAACUCAAGAUCUUCACAAUCUAACAUUGCAAAAGCCUUUAGAUUAAACUGACUGCAUAUAAUGUUAAUGUCAUUAAAUCUUUAGGAGGAGUUCGUUACAGCGUACAUCAUGUCACUUCCUGUUGCCAGCAGGUGGCACUAUGAUUAUAACUGAAUAUGGGCAUGGACAUAUGUUCAGUACAGGACUCUUAUCAAACAUGUGAAUUUUGGGGCAGAUCAGACAUUGUAUGCCUGAGUUGUAAGAACUGCGCCACUGCUGGCAUGUAUGCAAAGUUCCAUGAGUUUUUAACCAUGUUUAGGCCUACAAAAUGUGAUUCAUUUUUCAUUCAAGAUGACGAAGAAGAGCAAUUCCAAAAGCAUUGUGUGCUCUGUCCUAAUAAAUCUAGCUGCAAGCAGUGAUGACGGGUCCAAGCCACCAGCGCAAACGCCACCCCUGUGGCAUCGGGAAAUCUGUGCACAGCGGGCACAUGAAUUUACAAUAACCAUCUGGCAGUCUGAUUUGAAGGGUUACAGGCAUUAAAGGGAUACAUUAGAACAUCAAGAGUGUAAAACACACACACAAACCGGCAGUGCACAAGAUCUUUCUCAAACUUCUAUAACUAUAAGGAGAGAAAAUACACAAAGGUACCCGGCAAGAUAUAGUAAAUACCUAUGACAAACAAAACAUAACAAAUUACAAACAAAUUACACUUACCUGCAAAUGAGUGAGCCCUCAACUGGAAGCUAUUGAAAAGGCUAUCCAACGUGCUGUUCUGAAAAUAAACUACAGAAUGUCACUAAAUAAACUAGCUCAUAUUAUACCACAAACCUGUCUGUGGACUAAAUGUGAUGCAGGACAAACUCAAUGACGGCAUUCCAUUCUAUACAAUAACGUAAUAACUGCUGAUAGGUGUAUCAAUGAGAAAAAUCUCACCAAUAAGAGGUGGGCAGGAAGGAAUCUGGACAACAACAUUACAGUUUUUAUACAUUUUAAGCCUUUAUCCAAAGCUAUUUACAGAAACAUCACAAACAAGUUUUCAUAAAAGCCAAAAAUAUUCAUAGUACACAAUGGCAAUUUAAAAAAUAUAAACUAUAUUGGUACACUGAGCCAGGACAGAAUUCUGACAAAAAAAAAACAAACAAAACUUUCCAGAUGCGAUGAGGUAGUUAUAUAAAUAACUAAGAUUGACUUAACCCUGGGUUUGGUCCUACUCAGAAUAGGUCAAAAUGUAAAAAUUGUAGUGUAAAAUUACCCAAAAAAGGCCAUUACAUUUUCUACUUCCUUCAUAGACACUGACAAAGCAUCCAGAAUGCUGUUGCAUUUAUUGCUUUCACUUGAAUCCUCAAAAGUUUUGUAAUACUGCUCAAUUAUUUUUUUAGACUGUAAAACAGGUCAUGGAUCAUGUUCGCUGAAGAGCUGUUGCCUGUUACUCAGAACCAGCGACAGUCGUGGGCACUAAAAGUCGUGGGCACAUCUGUCACGAAUCUGGCCGGUGACCUUCGGUCCGCUCACCACCAGAUGUUGCCCUCUCACGCUAUUGACAUUCACAUUACACCGACUGUUGCAUCACACCCUGGACUAUGUUCCCCAUCAGCCAUUGCGCCAAUCAUCUGCAUCCAAUCAGAGACCCUAUAUAAGCCUUGGACUUCCUCUCACGUUUUGCGGAGUAUUGCAUUGUAUUAACAUUUGUACGAAGCCUUGCCUUAGUUACCUGUGUUCUUGUCUAAUUCUCUGAGUUUUGAAUUUACGGCAAGUUAUCUCAUCUAGUCAGUUUCGCUGCCUGUCUUGGAACUCUUGCUUGUCUAUUUGGAUUACCAUUUUGUCUAGCCCCCUGGAUCACGUUCACCGCUGAUCGCCCCUUCGCAUGACUACUCUUGUGUCUUGCUCCUACAUACCUGUUUGCCAGUGUCUGACCCUGCCUGUUUUUGACCAUGUCUCUGUCUCGUUCCAAUAAAGCUCUGCAAAUGGAUCUGCAAAUGGUCUCCCUCACUACAUUACAACA